CCCGCCCCCCCGCGAGCCUUAAGGCGGCCGCGGCGGUUUCCGCCGCGGGUGUCGCAGGCGGAAGUGGUGGCAGCGCGCGGACAUGGCGUCGGGCGGCGCCUGCGGCUCCAGCUCCCCCUCUCCCGCCGAGCGCCUCCCCCCGCCCUUCCCCGAGCCCCACGGCGACGGCGACGCGUCGGGGGCGGCCGACAGCGACACGGAGGGCGAGGACAUCUUCACCGGCACCAGCAAGCCCACAGCACCGAAAAGGGAAUCUCUACUCCCUGUGAGCAACAGCUCCAAAGAGAAUGGGGUUCCUGUAGAGCAAGAUGAUCAGGACUUAUUUGCAGAUGCCACAGUAGAGUUGUCUCUAGACAGCACGCAAAACAACCAGAAGAAGGAACUGGCCAAAGCAUCCAAUCCUGCCCCCCCAUUAGACGUAGCUGCAAGCUCCUCUUCUAGAAACCCUCCAAAGAGCUAUGAGGAGCUGGAAGAAGAGGAACAGGAGGACAAAUUUGAGCUGACAGUAGGAGUGAGUGACCCAGAGAAAGUUGGCGAUGGCAUGAAUGCAUACGUAGCCUACAAAGUGUCAACACAGACAAGCCUACCAAUGUUCAGGAGCAAGCACUUUUCAGUGAAAAGGAGAUUCAGCGACUUUCUGGGUCUGUAUGAGAAGCUGUCGGAGAAGCAUGCCCAGAAUGGGUUCAUCGUUCCUCCACCACCUGAGAAGAGUCUCAUAGGAAUGACCAAAGUGAAAGUUGGGAAAGAAGACUCCUCCUCUGCAGAGUUCCUAGAAAAAAGACGGGCUGCUCUAGAGAGGUACCUUCGGAGAGUUGUCAGCCAUCCAACAAUGCUGCAGGACCCAGAUGUCAGGGAGUUCUUGGAAAAAGAGGAGCUGCCAAGAGCAGUAGGCACCCAGGCCCUGAGUGGAGCAGGAAUACUGAAGAUGUUCAAUAAAGCUACCGAUGCUGUCAGUAAAAUGACCAUCAAGAUGAAUGAAUCGGACAUAUGGUUUGAGGAGAAGCUGCAGGAGGUGGAAUGUGAGGAGCAGCGGCUACGGAAGUUACAUGCUGUUGUGGAAACGCUGGUGAACCACAGGAAAGAGCUAGCGUUGAAUACAGCGCAAUUUGCAAAGAGUCUGGCCAUGCUGGGGAGCUCGGAGGACAACACGGCCCUAUCCCGGGCACUGUCCCAGCUGGCUGAGGUGGAAGAGAAGAUUGAACAGCUGCACCAGGAACAGGCUAACAAUGACUUCUUCCUCCUGGCUGAGCUCCUGGGAGACUACAUCCGCCUUCUCUCAGUUGUAAGGGGAGCCUUUGACCAGCGCAUGAAGACCUGGCAGAGAUGGCAGGAUGCCCAGACCAUGCUGCAGAAGAAGAGGGAGAUGGAGGCCAGGCUGCUCUGGGCCAACAAACCUGACAAGCUGCAGCAGGCCAAGGAAGAGAUCUCGGAGUGGGAGUCUCGUGUGACACAAUACGAAAGGGACUUUGAACGGAUUUCUGCUGUGAUCCGCAAGGAAGUGAUACGGUUUGAGAAAGAGAAAUCAAAGGACUUCAGAAACCACGUGACUAAAUACCUUGAGACAUUACUAAACUCUCAGCAACAGCUCGUGAAGUACUGGGAAGCGUUCUUACCUGAAGCAAAGGCAAUUUCUUAAUCGGACCAAGCAAAUGAGUGUACCUGAACUUUGCCUUUUUAUACACUAUACCUCUGUCUUUUACACACGAACAAACCCUAGUUAAACACUCUGGAGCUGGUAGAGGUUUAACCCCCAAACAAGCAGCUUAUAAGCCAGUAACUCUUCUAACUGUAUAUUUUUCAUUUAGCUACAUAUAUUUUCUUACUGAAGAGAAACUAGUUUCCUGCUUUAAGACCAGACCUGCAGUAGGUGAAGAGUGAGGGGGUUAACAAUAUAUGUAAAUGUAUAUUUUUCAGCCUGGGUUUUAGGGCUCUAAUGACUAUCUUACUCCUGCAGUGCCAUUAAGAUUAUGUAAUAAAACUUAUAUCAGGGCAAACAAGCUUGUUCUGUUGUUUACAGGAGCUACUUGGCCUGGGGAAGGGAGGUGCAAUGCCUGAAGAGAAGAGGCUCUGUUAGUGUCUCAGGCCCCUGAAGGCCAGUAGAUCCAGGGCUUGGCCCCUUCAAAGGCUGUGCUGGCAGCCCAGCAUCCACCAGGCUCUGCUUAGCUGUGUGUCCUGCCCAAGAGCUCCACAUGUGGAUGCAGAAGGAGGCAAUGGUGCCUGGUGCUUUGAUAUGUAAUAUGUUGUUGUUGAGGAAACCCAUGACCUUGGAGGCUAUCUCUUGGCUUUUGAUUAAACUUUAGCCUUCUGCAUUGCUUUAAGCAUGAGGACAAGCUGCUGUUUGGGCUCGACCUCAGCCAGGCUCCAAGGUGGCCCAACUUCACAUGCUAUGGACUUGGUCUUGCCUCCCUCAGCUGUGGGGGAAGCAGACAGUGCCCAAGGUAGCACAGACCUCUCAUGAAGGUGAGAAGCUCUGCUCCUUCAAAAGCUGUUGGGGUGACAGUAGGUGGCAGCCCCAGGAUGCUGCUGCAAGUUGCUGGCUUGGGGAGCAGGGGCCAUGCAAGGUGCUCAGCUGGCAGCUGUCCUUGAAGCUCCUUUCACUGCAGAAGCUGUCUUAGGAGGGGGCUUGGCCCUGAGAGCAGGCAGUUAUGUUCUUAGCAGAUUUGAUCAAAACUGAUACUGAUCCUUCUCUUUUUUUUUUUUUGAAAUUAAUAAUAAUAAAAAAACCUGCCUCUAUCAACUUC